AUGAGCUCAGAUCCUACACAAACAUUGUACAUUACCAACCUCUCUGGAAAGACACAUACUCCAGGCAAGUGGACCUCUGGCCGAAUUUCCCAUGUCCACAAACUUAAGGCGUCGCUCUAUGGUCUAUUUUCUACCUAUGGAGUUAUUCUGGCUAUAAAUGCCAUUAACACCGAAAAGAUGCGUGAACAGGCCUUUAUUGCCUUUGAUAAUGUCGCCUCUGCAACAUCUGCUCUUCGUAGUCUGAACGGAUUCACUUUCUACGACCGUCCCUUGAAAAUCGUCUACGCCAAGACAAAGUCAGACGUCGUGGCUAAGUUGGAUGGUACAUACCGACCAAAAGUAGCCGACAAGAAGGCCUCUAGCUCCAACAGAACAUUGUUGGGUAAGCGAGCCGUUGGUGAUGACUUGGACGACGCGCCGAUGAAGUCACGCAAAAUCGAGAGCGAUGAAGAUGAUGAUAGCGAAUAAAUUAAAUACAACUCUUCAUAUUACAAUGGG